AUGACCAUUGGUCUUGUCAACACAACGGUUGUGACAAUUGCCGAAUUCUGGACCGGCGCCGGUGCUUACCGCGACGGUGGUCGGCGGAACGACGACCGCUGUGGCGCGGCGUCGACGACCAACGAGCUUGUGGUCGAGCUGGCGCUGUCACGGCCAUCCGAGUACGCGACUGGACUCGUUGUCGAGGUCGAUGGCGUGACGUCGACGGCGGAUGUGAAAAUAAAAAUGCGACGAUUGUUGACACUGUGUUUUUGGACGGGAAGCCCGAUGACGAUCCCGGCGCUUGCGACGACACACCAGGUGUCUGUUGUGGUGUCGGGCGACGGGGUGCUCGAGCCGACCGAGGUACUUGAGCUCGGCCUUGUGGCCCAGUACAACGACAUGCCGGCGACGAUCGACGUGGUCAACGUGACUGCGACGAUCACCAACGAUGAUGCGGCGGUGGUGACGAUGGCGGCCGGGACGGUUGCGGCGACCGAGCCCGGAUCGGGCGUGGUCAAUGUGCCGAUCACGGUGACGAUGGACACGACGGCGUCCCGGGGUCGACGAAAAACAGUGUACAACGCGGUUGUGGCCGCAGACGCAUGGUACGACGGCGGCGAGACGUUCGACGUCAAGCUGACCGGCACGUCUACCCCUGGCGUUUCCGUGGGCGUGGCAGACACGACGGUGGUCACGAUUACCGACUCGGGACCGGCACAGGUGAAAACCGCGACGGUGGUCGGCGGAACGACGACCGCUGUGUCGGGUGCAGGCACGGAUGCACUGUCUGUGUCUGGGCCCGAGGGUGCGGCCGUGUCGUCGGGCUCGCUCGCGACAGGCGGGACCGACUUUACGGUCGAGACGACGACGGUGACGAUCCCAGCUGGGUCGACGAGCGCAGUGUACAAUGCGGUUGUGGCUGCAGAUGCAUGGUACGACGGCGGCGAGACGUUCGAUGUCAAGCUGACCGGUACGUCUACGGCCGGUGCGUCGAUCGGUGUGGCAGACACGACGGUUGUGACGAUUGCCGACUCGGGACCGGCGCCGGUGCUUACCGCGACGGUGGUCGGCGGAACGACGACCGCUGUGUCGGGUGCAGGCACGGAUGCACUGUCUGUGACUGGGCCCGAGGGUGCGGCGUCGACGACCAACGAGCUUGUGGUCGAGCUGGCGCUGUCGCGGCCAUCCGAGUACGCGGCUGGACUCACGGUUCAGGUCGAUGGCGUGACGACGACGGCGGAUGUGCCGUCCGAUGCGACGAUUGUUGACACUGUGGCGCGGACGGGAAGCCCGAUGACGAUCCCGGCGCUUGCGACGACACACCAAGUGUCUGUUGUGGUGUCGGGCGACGGGGUGCUCGAGCCGACCGAGGUACUUGAGCUCGGCCUUGUGGCCCAGUACAACGACAUGCCGGCGACGAUCGACGUGGUCAACGUGACUGCGACGAUCACCAACGAUGACGCGGCGGUAGUGACGAUGGCGGUCGGGACGGCUGCGGCGACCGAGCCCGGAUCGGGGACGGUCAACGUGCCGAUCACGGUGACGAUGGACACGACGGCGUCGUACGACGUUGUGGUGGACGUGGCGACGAGCGUGUCGUCCGGCUCGCUCGCGACGGGCGGGACCGACUUUACGAUGGUGCUCGAACUGGACUCUGCGGCAACGACGGUGUCGAUUCCCGCGGAUGCCGAGCUUGUGGGCACCACAGACCGGACGACUGGGCCGUUUGUGCUGAGUGGGCUUGAGACGCAUGUCAAUGUCUCGAUGCUGCUGAAGGGCGACGCUAUUGUGGAGCCGCACGAGGUGCUGCAGUUUGGUGUGGUAGCGAUCCAUGGUGGCGCCGAGGGCGCAGUUGUGGUCGCCAACGUGACCGGAAACGUGUUCGAUGAGGACACUUCUGUGGUCACCAUGGCGGUGGCAUCUGUGGCGGCAACCGAGCCGAGUUCAGGUUCUGUCUCUUUGCCGAUUGUGAUCGAGAUGACAUCUGUCGUUGCGUCGGACACGGUUGUCAACAUCACGGUGGCGCCGUCGUCAGGCUCACUUGUGACGAGCGGGACCGACUUUGUUGCCGAGACGGUGACGCUGGUCAUUCCUUCUGGCUCGAGAAGUGUGGUGUACAACGCAUCAAUUGCCGCGGACGCAUGGUACGAUGGGGGUGAGACGUUCGACGUCGCAAUUACGGGUGUGUCGGAGCCAGCUACAACUGGCUUGCAGGACACGACGGUGGUUACCAUCAUUGACUCGGGACCGGCGCCGACGAUGGUCGCAACUGUUUCGAGCGGGGCAGUCACUGGUGUGACCGGCACUGGCACCAACGAUCUCGCUAUUACCACCGCUACAGAGGGCGAUGCACCAGCUACCAACGAGAUUGUACUGGAUGUGACGCUCUCGCGACCGGCCGAGCACCCCACUAGCCUCCAGCUGGUUACUAGCCCCACCUCGACGUCAGACAUCGUGAACGUGUCGACAUCGUAG